GGAGCGCGGCGCUUGCCAGAGCCGCCGCCGCCGCCGAGCCGCGAGUGCCCGGGACCCCCGGCCCGCCGCCACCAUGGCGCGGGACGUGAAGAGCAAGCUGUCCAAGAACCUCCUCCGCAUGAAGUUCAUGCAGAGGGGCUUGGACUCAGAAACCAAGAAGCAACUUGAAGAACAGGAAAAGAAGAUCAUUAGCGAGGAACAUUGGUUCUUGGAUCUACCAGAACUGAAGGAAAAGGAGAGCCUCAUAGUAGAAGAAAGAAGCUUUGUGCCAUGUGAGGAUCUCUUGUUUGGCAGGAUGUCAUUUAAAGGCUUCAAUCCCGAAGUCGAGAAGUUAAUGAUCCAGAUGAACUCAAGGUACAAGAAAGAAGAAAUCGAAGAAGUAGAUAAUUCAAUGGAGGCUGAUGUAUCGGAUGAAGAAAUGGCCAGAAGGUAUGAAACUUUAGUGGGUACUAUUGGGAAGAAAUUCUUGAAGAAGAGAGACCGCCACACCCUACAAGACGCAGAAGACGAAAGCAGUAACCAACCACCCAGCAAAACAAAGAAAAUGUUUUUAAAACCCCAGGAUUAAGUGACAUGGAUGAUUUUUGUAUCCUCUCGGCUGCAAAAUGUCUGUUUUGUAGCAUGGUGAUGCAAGCUCUAUUUCUUGUAAAUGGCCGGAUUGCUUUAUGGUUCUGAGACAGAUGCAUUUUUCAGAGUAAAUGAAUAUGUGACGGAGGAUGUACUUCCUUGGCUGUCCGCACACCAUUGUUAGGGUGGGAAUCUGGGCAAGGCAGAGACUCGGCUGGUGAAUGUAAGCAAGAUGGUUGUCGCAUGUUGAGAGCAACUUUAGAUUAUGAUUCUGACUGCGAACCAAGUAUUUAAAGGGAGAGGAGAUCCCCUUUUUGAUUCCUGCAAGACAUCACUGUUCUCUGUUGUCUGGGUGGGUGGGUGGAUAUGGUGCAUUUUGCUUCAGAGACAUUAUAGAGGGAGGGUGGGAGGGGUUUGCUGGGGAAGUAAACAGCAAGAAGAGAGAACCUGUCAGCUUGAUUUACUUCAGCCCUUGAAAACUGUGUUAUUCUGUUGGAACAUAUUUUCAAUUUCUCCGGAAAUUUUAACGUAUUGUGCCUAGCACUUGUGUUAAUUGUGUCUCUUCUUGAAUAAAAUUAUUCGACCCACUGUUAGAAACCUC